ACUAAACACUUUCGCUUCAGUCUUCAAAUAAAACAGUUUGUUUUCAAAAUCUUUCUAAACUAAACUCCGUCAACAUGAAAGCCUUCCUUUGCCUUAACUUGAUUGUUUUCUUCGCUGCUGCUAUUGCAGCUACCACCAACACUGGUACCUCCUCCAGCAGUAAUCUUAACACUCAAACCAAACUGGACUUGGAAACUGAUACACCUCAAUCUAUUCAAUCCCUUUUGAAUACGGAUUUCAAUCGCUUCCGUAAAUCUGCCGGUUAUGGCGGUGGUGCUGCCAGUAUCCCGGCUCCUCCUUGCCCCAAAAACUAUUUGUUCAGUUGUCAACCUAAUUUAGCUCCAGUACCUUGUGCUGCUCCUGCUACUUCUUAUGGAUCGGCUGGUGCCUACAGCGCUCCUGUACCUACUUACAUGGCUCCUGUUGGUAACAGUUAUGGUGUACCUCAAACCUAUAGCGGAUUGAUGCCUCAAACUAUGAAUCAAUGGUAUUAUUAAGAGUGAAUGAAAUUAUUUAUUUGUGAUUAAUUGAAGACGAUGUCAUGUUUUGUUGUAAAUGAUUUUAAAUUAAUUUAAUAAAUUUAAUUUAAAAUAAAAAUUUUUAAUAUAGAAAAAAA